AUGACAGCUGCUGGCACCAUGUCGCAACCACCUGCCGUUCCUCCUAGGCCGUCUGGGAGUCAAGACCGAGCCAAUGCGACCGACUCGAUUCCCAAGAUGCCUCCCCGUCUCUCCAAGCGCUUCGACCGCUCCGUGUCUCCCAAUUACGACCGAUUCGCUCCCUCACCUCUCAAUGAGACCCUUCUGGCUCCCAAGAGUCCCAGAGCCACCCGCCUGGGCGUCAACAACCUUGCCGAUCAAAACUCGGAUGAGCCUAUCAAGCGCCCUGGAAGCGUUACCAUGCCGUCCCUCGGCGAGGAGGGCGCCGAGUACGCCGCCGUGCAGGACGAGCUAAUCGCCCCGUCGUCUCCUCCUCCCGACUCCGCCAGUGUCUCAUCGCCGGAACAAACUCGAACUAUUGCGCAAGACCUCCAUCUACAUGCGCCGAAGCCAUCGUUCCCUGCCCAGACAGCCAAGAAGCGCGUGCAGGCCGUUACCCGAACCGAUUCGGACAAAGCUGCCUCGUUCGGCAUUGGUCGACCUAGUAGCGAGGAGCUUCCUGCCAUUCGCGGUUCUUUCAAGAAGAAGAGGUCGACCAUGAGCCAAACAUCUGAGCCGGAGAGCGUUUUCGACGAUGAGGAGCAGGGCAUUCCCGAGAUUGGCCAGCGGGUGCCUAUGAAUCCCGACCUCGGUGAUGUCCAGGCACCGUCUCCUGCUCCCCACUCCAGUAGCACCGACGGCGUCAGAUCUCAUACACCUCGGGCCCACACUCGGAAGCAUAGCGCCCGAGGAUUCUCUAGCCUACCUCCUGGGAGCUAUGGGCUUCACGGUCACGGGGCCCCUGAACCUACUGAUAAACUUCAGAAGGCGUGGUAUGAAAAGAACCCCGCGUCUUUCAAGAAGGAGUCGGCCCGUUCUCUUCAUGAUCGCCAGACGGACUACGCAUUGAGCAGCACCGACUUGAACAAACUUGUUCGGGAAACUAGAGAUUUCGCUUUGGGUACAUCUGCGGCUUUCACCGGAACGCCCACUGAAGAGGUCGGCUAUCAGGCCUCGGACGAGUACACGCAGCGAAUCGCGUCCCGUCCAGGCUCUAGUCAGCCGAAGUCCCCUGAGCUGCGUCGCAUCGAGUCCCCACGUCGAGAUUCUCCGGCCUCGGUCCCUGAAUCCCCGAACCAGCAAGACGAUUCGGAAGACGUCAUACACGUGGACGCGUCCCAGGACCAUACUGCAUACUACUCGAAACAUGCAGGCGACGACAACGUGGCAGAUCCCGAGGACACCUACAAUGCCCCCAUCCUAGCCCCUGACGAGGUUGCUAAGGACCCCGGCCACUACAACUGGCAGCCUGCCGUGCCACCGGAACGACGUCCCAGCGCUUUCGAUGAAGAGGACGCCGUCCGAACCCCUAGCCGACCUAUUAGUCUGCACCGUGGUUCUUCGCAACUGGAGCUGAAUUCGACCCCACUAGAAGAUGUCGAGGAGUACGAGCCACUGUUUCCCGAAGAUGAGGAAGUCAAGAAGAAGGAGGAUGCAGCCAAUACGUGGAAGCCGCGCCAUAAGUUCCCGAGCAAGGAUGUCUGGGAGGAUGCUCCCGAAAGUGUCAAUGCUACGGCUGUGGUUUCAACUCCCGAGCUUCUCGAGGAAGCCCCCAAGCCUAAAAUCAAAAUCGGGGAGGACCGUGCCGAAACCCCGGCCCAGGCCUUCGCCAGGCGGCAAGAAGCUCUUGCAGAAAAAGAGUCGCGCGAGUCGGAGAAUUUCCUCCGUAGGACUUCGGCACCUAUCCACCACGAUCCCAUCCAGCGACUCAAGGCGCAAGCAACGCGCCCUAGUGCACCGAAUCGCUUCCCGAGUCGUGACAUCUGGGAGGACGCUCCAGAAAGCAGCUUGUAUCAAACCACAGUAAACACACCCGAGGAAGCCUCUCAGGAGACAGAAGAGGCUCGGGAGGCUCAAGAGACACAAGAGACCGACGCCCCCGCAAAACCCCAGAUUCCAGCCCGCCCCCAGAGGCGGCCCACUCCCGGCGAGAAACCGGCCUUACCCGAGCGGCCCCGGCCUAGACAAACGCCAAGCGAUGAGAGGGUUAAGCCGUCAGUAACCGAUAAACCGAAGCCUCAGAUCCCGGCCCGGCCGACCAGAACACUGCCGUCCGGCGUCGACUCUAAGGAGCAAGAUUCGCUCCCUAAACCCAAGCCGGCGAUUCCUGCCCGACCUGUUGGAAGCAAGAUCCAGGCCCUCCAAGCCGGCUUUAUGUCGGAUCUGAACAAGCGGCUGCAGCUGGGUCCGCAACUGCCGACUAAGAAGGAUGAGCCCCCCGCGGCCGAUAUGAUCGAGGAGAAGGAGAAGGCCCCUCUUGUCGACGCUAGGAAAGGUCGUGCUCGAGGGCCUCAGCGUAGGCUGCCUGCUUCCAAGAGUCCGGCCCCCGCAGCAACUGCAGCUCCCGCGGCACUUACGCUCAGUCUCUCCGCGAUUCAGACGUCUUGGAGUAUCGGCGACGACGGCACUCUGGAGGUCGACACCACAAGCGAUAGUACUGAGGCGAAGGAAGCAUCCCCAGAGAAAGAGAUGGCACCGGAGGUCGUGCCCGAAGCAGAACCUGCGCCCGAGCCCGAGGUACCCGAACCCAAGGCAGCGGAAGCGAUCAGCCCAGAGGCCCCGACAGAGGGUUCCGAAAUACAGCCGCCGACGGCACCGGACGAGCAGCCCGAGGAGGCGGACGACUCUAAGCCCGAGGAGGUCGAGGUCGAGGCCGAGGCCGAGAAGCCUCAAGAGGAUCUGAAGACACUGGCCAGUAACAUGGCCGGCGAAUCUAUCGUAGAGGUCAAGACCCAGGAGGCGCAGGACGAUGUCAAACCUGUAGCUGUCAAGGAAACAGGCGGGGAAGCGGAGUAA